AUGACUUCCCGGCUAGGCGAUCGAGCCGAAGGUAUGGGCACAAACCCUGCCUUGCCUUACAAGACCGCUCUUAUCGUCAUUGUCUUUCUGGCCCUCGCCGUCUCCCACGCUCUUGAAGUGUUUGUCAAGAUUUUCCGUCGCUUCCACUCAUACCGUGGCGUGUACUUCUACUCGCUUAUCGCAGCAACUGUCGGUAUCGUGAUACACGCCUUCGGCUACUUCAUUCGCAACUAUGGAAUAUCCGACUCGGCCCCUCUGGAAAUCACCAUGGCGUGUGGCGGAGGCAUGCUCAUGAUCACUGGCCAAUCGAUCGUACUUUGGUCGCGACUGCACCUCAUCAGCCCAGGAAAGAGAGACAGAUGGUUGCUAUACAUGAUCAUCACAGAUUGCAUUAUCGUGCAAGGAGGCGCAACUACGCUCUUUGCUGGAUCCAAUUCGUCAAAACCGGGAAAAUGGCUCCGGAUCUACGAGAAGUGGGAGGUCUUCCAAGUUACGUGGUUUGUCUUCCAAGAAUGCGUCAUUAGCGGGCUGUAUAUCUACCGCGCCUUCGUUCUUAUGAGCAGCUCGGCUGUCUUCAAAGGUCCAAAUACGAAGCGCCUCUUCAAUCAUCUCAUCGCCGUCAAUGUCGUUGUCAUCGCGCUCGACGUGACCAUUCUGGCCUUUCAAUAUGCUGGCAUGUAUGAGAUUCAGACAAGUUGGAAGACACUCGCCUACGCCAUCAAGCUGAAACUCGAGUUCGACAUCCUCAAUCAACUCGUCGACUUCACCAAGCAAGGCUUCGAUGCGCAUUCAGGGUCGCGCUAUAUACCUGGAACGGGCGACGAACGCAGGGCUACGAAGGAUGGCGCAGGGGAUAACACGCACAGUUCGCGAUUCGGUCCCUCAACAUAUGCACGUAUGAACGAGGAUGGAACAACUGCAUUGCCGAUGGGGGAUGUGGUAAAGACUACAGAAAUCCGGGUUAGUAUCGAGCAGGAUGCUAUCAGUCAGAGGAGCACACAAUUACUGCGCGACAGGAACGGUGAGAUCGCCUGA